CCUUCACACACUAAAAUGCCUGCAAAGUUCUCAACAACGAGCAGUGUCAUAAUGAUGGUGCUAUGGAUUACGUUGCUUUUUCUUCACCAGGGAUAUUCUCUGGUUCCAAUGAAAAUCGUUCAGCUUGGUGAACCAGUAACGUUAACAUGUGCUUUGCCCAGCAAUAAAGAGCUCAGCACUUUGGAAGUCCACUGGUACAAGCAGAGUAUCGGGGAUGAGCUUAAAUUGAUUUCAACACUGUAUGGAACUACACCACCUCAGUAUGGUCAAGAAAUAUUUAAAUCACGAUAUGACGCAUGUAAUACAAAAACUUUUAGCAAUCUGACCAUUUGGAAGACAGUCCAAGAGGAUGAAGGAAUCUAUCACUGUGGAAUCAUUGAAUGGCAUAAUCCUGAAUGGAGUGGGACAUAUUUGUUAGUGAAAAGAAACACUCAGAGGGCAUCAAACUAUACUGUUGUUCAGUGGCCAGCUGUAUCAGAUCCAGUCAAUCCAGCAGACACAACAGCUCUCCAGUGUUCAGUCUUCUCUGACUCUGACAACAACACAUGUGCAGGGGAUCAUGAUGUGUUCUGGUUCAGAGCUGGUUCAGACAAAUCUCAUCCAAGCAUCAUCUACACUGGCAGAAAGAGAAGUAAUGAAUGUGAAAAACCAUCUGACCUUCAGAAUAGAUGUGUUUAUCGCUUCUCUAAGAACAUUAACUCCUCUGAUGAAGGGACUUACUAUUGUGCUGUGGCCACAUGUGGGGAGAUAUUAUUUGGAAAUGGAACUACACAAGAUGUAAAGCAACCUGGCUAG